CCUUUUCUAUUAGCUGUAUAAACAUCAAAGGGAAACCAUAUUUCAUAAUUUCGUUAAAUUAAUUUUCAGUACUAAUUCAUCCCUCCUUAAUAUCCCUCAACUUUCCAAUUACCAUUAUAGCAGUGGGUUUAUUUGGAUUAAUCCAUUCAAAUCGUGUUACGGAGCAAUUUCCAAUAUUGCAUUUGGGGCUUUCUCCAUUAGGCAGGUGCACAAUCCGAGAUCUUUGACAAUAAGCAAAGCCGACUGGUUUAUCAGGGAUCAGAAAUGAUAAGAUCGACGACGCUGUGUCCUGCGGGUUCACUCUCUGGCCUCAUAGUGGUUUCCUCGAGGCAGAACUUCAUUUACGCAUCAUGGACAGCAACAGCACGCCGUCCAUCUCCAGCACACAUCCUGCCUUCAUCUACGCUGAGGGGGUGACCGUUGCGUCCACCAUCUUCCCUCGGGUGGGCUACAGUAUACUGUCUUUCCUCAUGUUCAUCAACACAGUGUUCACGGUGUUCAACAAUAGUCUGGUCAUAACCGUGAUGCUGAGGAACCCGUCCCUCCUGCAGCCCAUGAACGUGUUCAUCUUCAGCCUCGCCGUGUCUGACCUCAUGAUCGGCCUGUGCGGCUCCCUGGUCGUCACCAUAACCAACUACCAAGGCUUUUUCUUUAUCGGACACGCAGCCUGCAUCUUCCAAGGAUUUGCAGUCAAUUAUUUUGGUCUGGUAUCUCUCUGCACUCUGACACUGCUGGCGUACGAGCGCUACAACGUGGUGUGCAAGCCCAGAGAUGGUCUGAAGAUGAGCAUGCGGAGAAGCAUCGUCGGCUUGCUACUUGUCUGGUUCUUCUGCUUGUUUUGGGCGGUCGCUCCUUUAUUGGGCUGGAGCUCCUAUGGACCUGAGGGAGUCCAGACGUCCUGCUCUCUGGCCUGGGAGGAGAGGUCGUGGAGCAACUACAGCUACCUCAUCCUCUACACACUCCUCUGCUUCAUAUUGCCUGUUAUAAUUAUCAUCUACUGCUACUCCAAAGUGCUUAAAUCCAUGAACAAGCUGAACAGGAGUGUGGAGCUGCAGGGUGGGCGUUCCAGCAAGAAGGAGAAUGACCAUGCCAUCAGUAUGGUCCUGGCCAUGAUCACAGCUUUUUUUGUGUGCUGGCUGCCCUACACGGCGUUAUCAGUGGUGGUCGUUGUGGAUCCGGAGCUCUACAUCCCUCCUCUGGUUGCCACCAUACCCAUGUACUUUGCCAAGACCAGCCCUGUCUAUAACCCCAUCAUCUACUUCCUUACCAACAAGCAGUUCCGCGACGCCUCUCUGGAGGUGCUAUCUUGCGGCCGCUUCAUUCCCCGCCCUCCCACUGCUGUCAGCAUCAACAUGCAAACCUUGAACAGGAGGAGCCGGCUGACUUCCUUAAGCACCAACAUCAACUCGCACAGCAGGGUGUUGCCUCUGUGAUCUUCUCCAGGAAAAAAAAAACAAGAAGCUGCCACGGUUGUCAUUGUUUGCCUCAUUAAGGACGCAGACCUGCUCAUCUACAGGCCCAUGUCUCUUCGAGAGGUCCGACCUGCAGCCCAGUGAGAGCAGAAUCGGCUCAUUCACUGAUGGAUUGAAGGUGGACAAAAUAAGUGGAAAACCUUAUAAAAUGCAAUCCAAUCCUUUCCAAAAUUUUGACUAUAAAAGAUUUUAGCGGAUUUGUCUGAAAAGUAGUUCGUUUUGACAUUUUAUUGAAGUGCAUUAUAUUGCAAGGUUUUCCUUUAGUUAUUGUCCAUUCCAUUUUUCUAGAACAAAGUGUUCAGUUAUACGGUUUAAUUUCUGUGAUUUGUGUAGACCAAUAAACGUUAACCUUUUUCAUAUUGAUGUGUCCAGGUGUGAAGUGUAUGCAUGUGGGGAAACUAGCCAAAAAGAAAGGAGAUUUACUACUAUAGGCAAGUCAAAUCCAGCCAGAUUGUAAAGACAGACUGUGAGAAAGUGAAACCUUUGACCCCUGUGAUUUUGUUGUUUAUAAAGAAAAUGCACUUGACCUUUGUACAUUUUGUGUGAAAAGAUAUUCCUUUCUGAAAGUCGGUUACAUGUUUGGUGAAAAGCAUUCUGUGUGGCAUGCAAUUGAGCUUCAUAUCUAGUAGAUUGUGCUGCCUUUAUUGGAAACAAAUACUCUGUUAGUUAUACACAUACUGCUCAGCAACUCUUCCCAUGUAACAUCAUUAUGCAAAU